CGGAUUCGCGGAAUUCCGCGGUUUUUAUCAUCGCCAGGGCCAUUUUUUAGAUCGAUGCAGAUCCGAUGAGUUUUUUUCGGGGGGGGGGGGGGGUGGUAGGCCAUGUGUCCAGCAAUGCCGACAAACAAAAUAAACAAAAUACGAUCGAUUCCAGACGCCAUAAAUUGGUUUCCCACUGUUCUGUUAACCCAUAUCUAAAUAUAGACUCGACCAUUGCUUCUCAAUUAGUCUACCCCCCUGGGCGUAUUGCUCUUUCAUUUUCGAGAAUCAUUCUAUCCCACUGGGCACUUUUCGCCCGGUAAGUGCUUUCGUCAAUCUCCGUUGCAAGUACGAAGGUCUUCUGCGGAUUUCUACAGGAAGCCGUGUUUCGUAACGAACUUUAACGAAAACUGCCGAAAAGUAAUGUUAUUCAAAAAAAGCGGUUGUCAUCGUCAGCCAUUUGUCUCGUCGUCUGCUAGCGUUCAAAGUUCAAAUGUACAAUGAAGUGUCUUUAAAUAAAAAUGGAUAAAAUAACGGAGAAAGACUGCGCAAAGCUUAAGGAUCUUGAAUCCAAUGUAGCAAACAAAUUCUCGUUUUCUUGGUUAGAACGGGAUGUUCAAGUUUGCAUUGAUGGACAAAAACACUCACGGCUUGUGAAAACCGACUUUGUCAAAGUUAACACCCCGGGUGUCAUCUUGUACGAAUUGUGCCAUAAGAGUGUCAAAUGGAAGCCGAGGGUUCAUUGCAAUAAAUGACCACAUUAAAACGCAAAAACAUGUUUUGCGUUUAAAAAAUAAGCUGCAGUCGUACAACAUAGAAUCGUUCAUGAAAAAGGUAGGUUAUUUGAAAAAAAAUCACUAACUGUGACAAAGUAAAAAUUAUUGAAGCUUUUAUCAAGAAUAUUGCACAUAAACGUAAAUAAUAUUACUUAUGAUGUUAAACAGUCGUUUUAUGUAUUUUAAAUUCCAAUAAAAUUAGUAUUUUUUUUUUAUUAAUUUAAGUUACAGUUUAUGAAGUGAAUAAGCCUGUGAGACUGAAACUGGAUGUUUUACAUUAGAUCUACUUAAUGCUUUUUAUGCUCUACAUUUUGUAAUUGUAUGCAGCACUUACCAAUGCUUAUCAGUUAAAGAAAAAAUAUUAACAUGAAUGAUUUUAAAUGAUCACUUGGUAAAUACUAAAUGUAUUUUUCAGCCUGAAGAUGGAUCCAUCAAGAAUGCCAUCAGCACUAACAGCGCCAACGCCACAAAACCAGACAACCCAUUUCAGACUGUGCAGAUGUGUGAUCGUGUGUCAAAUGCUGAGGCAAUGCUGUUGGGCUUCAUUGCCGAAAACUCGCUGCCUUUCACCAUGGCCCCCAAGAUUGUUGACUUAGCCAAAGGCUUAGCAAAAGACACUAAGGCUUUAAACCACCUGCCAAUGGAAAGAACCUCAGCGUCAUACAAAAUGAAAUUUGGAAUGGGGAAGACAUAUUUUGAUAGAACAGUGUCCAACAUGAAACGAUUCAAGUUUUCCCUCAACAUGGAUCAGAGUACGAGCACAAAUCUGCACAGAGUCUUGACAGUACUUGUCAGCUACUUCUCCCCAGAAACGUCAUCAGUAGUGGUAGAACAUUUUACCUCUAUUGACUUGAUCAAAGUAGAUUCAGCGACUAUUACGAAUCACAUUAUUGACUUGUUUGCUACUCAUGACAUACCAUGGACAAAUUUGACAUCUGUGUUGAUGGACUCAUGCAACAUGAUGAGAGGUUGUAAAUCUGGCGUUGAAGCAAGACUCCGUGACAUGGCUCCACAUCUUCUAGAUAUAGAUGGUGAUACGUGUCACCAUAUUCACAAUGCCUCUAAAAAGCUUUGUGAACCAUUUGAGUUUUGGGUUGAACGGUUGUUCACUGACAUUCACAAUGAUGUGAAAUGGAGCACAGACGUAAGGGACAUGAUGAAAGAGGUAGCAACCUUAAUAGGGAUAAAAUUCACCAUGCCUGAGCAGUUUGUGUCCCACAGGUGGCUUUCCUGUUAUGAUGUUGCAGUGAACACCAAGCGCUUGAUGGAUGUGUACCGUGUUGUGUACUAUGCGUUCAUGGACAAAUCUCAGCAGUCAUUGUACAAGUCGGUGGUGAAUGACAUACUCAAAAAAAGGGAAGUGAGCGAAGAUGCUGAAAGGAGAGUGAAGGAAAUCCAGAUGGAGCUGUCCCGAAAGAAUAUGACAAAAGAUGGACAGGCAAGAAAACAACGUAUCAUUGAACGUUUGUUGGAAAGAAAUACAAAGACUGAUCUGGUACUGAACUUCUAUGUUUCUGUGCUGCCCAUGCUUAAGUCUUACAUAGUGUUAUUUGAGACAAAGGAACCCUUGAUCCACAAGCUCAUUGAUAAACAAGAAGAGUUGAUGACCAAGUUUCUAGCAUGCUUCAUUGUCCCAGAUGCAGUAUCAAACAAGUCUGGAAAGCAGCUGAUGAAUUUGAAUCUCACCAGCAGUGAAAUAAUGCUCAAGGAUAGAAAAUGUUUGUGGGAGCUUCCAAUCAGAAACUGAUCCGUAAAAUAACAAGUAAGGAGUUAAAUGUGAAGACAUUCCGUAAGCAAGUGAAAUCUGCCUACAUCAACUGUGGCAAGUAUAUGCAGCAAAAGCUACCUCUGGCUAACCCUGUGCUUACUUCUGCUUCAGCUAUUGAUCCCAUUAUCAGAACCAGUGUGCACACUUCAGCACUAUUGAAUAAGCUGCCAACAUUAGUGCAUGAAGUUCUUCAUGGUGAAGAAGAAGAGGAGAAAUAUGCUACUGAGGUGAAAGAUUAUCAGGUUGAUAGAUUCUUACCUUCACACAGUGGACUUCGAAUUGAUCAUUGGUGGGCAGCUGUGAAUGCCACCGGCAAGUACCCUACACUUUGCAAAAUGGUGUUGAGUUUGCUUAGCUGUUUUCAUGGACCCCAAGUUGAAAGCAGUUUCAAUGUGAUGGGAGACAUUUUGAAUUCUAGGACUGGGAGAAUGAAAAUAGAAACAUACAGUGCCAUCCAGUCGACAAGGUAUGGCCUUGCCAACCAUGGCGUUGAUGCAGUGAAGCAGUUUGAAAGACACGAUGCAGCAAAAGAUCCGGUGGACAAAGUGCUCUGUCAAAAUCUGCGGUCUGCUGCACUGCGGUACAAAAGACAACAAGAAGAAACCAGAGCUGCAGAGAUGGAGAAAAGAAAAAACCAUCCUUUGAAAGAAAAGCAGCUUGAAAGUAAAUCUGCCAACAAAAGACUUCAAGCAGAGUUUGCCGUUACUGAUGCUGCUCGCCAUGAGGAAAGAAUGGCGAAAAAAAGAAGACAAGAAGUCCUCACCGAACUUGCAGCCAAAAGGAAGAAAUGAACUAGGCUUGUAUUAAUGAGGCUGACUGAGUUGUAGCUUUCGAAUUCAAUUAUGCUAGAAAAAAAAAGAUAAACAUAUUGAGCCUCAAGCAUUGUAAUAAAAAAAACUAAUAUAACAUAAGUAGGUGUAAUUUGAAAUCAGGCACUUGUUCAUUAAAUGAAUGUGCUGUUAUUAUUUAAUACUGUUAAGUGAGUUUGAAUAAACAGUGAAAUAUCAAUUUUCUUAACAUCUAGUCACUACAAGAACUUAUUUACUACUUCAGAUCUAGUCAUUGCAUUAAAUUUUAUUAUGUUACAUGUGAUUCUUGUAUGGUAAUUUUAGAUUAUUAUUUUGUGUAUGUAUCAAUUAUGAAGUUUCUGUGCGUUUUUGAUGUAUAACAUGCCAUGAGAUUCUGUGUGAACCAUAUUAGUUGAAAAGACUACCUUUUGAAUUAUGUUUACAAUUAAGUGUAUGUAUUUUUCAUGUACAAACCUAACAAUUGUUUGUUUUCCAUUGUAUGCAUGUUAAGUAUUCUGCAAGAAUUACUGUCAACAUAUGUUGGUCUUAUACUUGAGGAUAGCUUCCUAUUUGCAAAUCAAUUUGCUAUCCUUCAGGAGCUUCCGGCCCCUUGGACCCCUGAUCAGGGCUUUGCCCUAGACCAACCAGGGGCCCUGCGGCCCCCUGGCCCCCAGCUUAAAUAUUUCAGUAUUUUCAAUUUUUGUACUUUCAACCAUGCAUCUAGUCACUACAAGAAUUUAUUUAGUACUUCACAUCUAGUCUGAAGUCAUUGCAUUUAUUAAGUCUGUGAUUCUUGUAUGCUAAUUUUAGAUUAUAAUUGUUCUAAAGUGAAUGUAUCAAUGAAGAAGUUUCUGUUAGUUUUUGAUUAUGUAUAACAUGCCAUGAGAUUCUGUUUGAAUUAUAUUAGUUGAAAAGACUACCUUUUGAAUUAUGUUUACAAUUAAGUGUGCUUGUAAAAAUGUACAAUGGUUAGCAUUCAAUGAUAUACUUCCUUUUAUUAAGUUACUAGUCACUAUAAGCCUUUCAAAAUUAAUAGAUAAAAUGACUGAAUAAAGUUAUUGUACAUGUACAAACAUAACCAUUGUUUGUUUUCCAUUGUAGGCAUGUUAAGUAUUCUGCAAGAAUUACUGUCAACAUAUGUUGGUCUUAUACUUGAGGAUAGCUUCCUAUUUGCAAAUCAAUUUGCUAUCCUUCAGGAGCUUCCGGCCCCUUGGACCCCUGACCAGGGCUUUGCCCUAGACCAACCAGGGGCCCUGCGGCCCCCUGGCCCCCAGCUAAAAUAUUUCAGUAUUUUCAAUUUUUGUACUUUCACCCAUGCAUCUAGUCACUACAAGAAUUUAUUUAGUACUUCACAUCUAGUCUGAAGUCAUGGCAUUUAUUAAGUCUGUGAUUCUUGUAUGCUAAUUUUAGAUUAUAAUUGUUCUAAAGUGAAUGUAUCAAUGAAGAAGUUUCUGUUAGUUUUUGAUUAUGUAUAACAUGCCAUGAGAUUCUGUUUGAACCAUAUUAGUUGAAAAGACUACCUUUUGAAUUAUGUUUACAAUUAAGUGUGCUUGUAAAAAUGUACAAUGGUUAGCAUUCAAUGAUAUACUUCCUACAUAUUAAGUUACUAGUCACUAUAAGCCUUUAAAAAAUUAAUAGAUAAAAUGACUGAAUAAAGUUAUUGUACAUGUACAAACAUAA